AUGGAUUGUACUAGUAUAGUUCAACUACCAAAUGAAAUCUUACUUUAUAUUUUCAAUAAACUGAAUGUAAUCGACGUAUUUUAUUCAUUGGUUGGAGUAAAUCAACGAUUUGAUCAAUUAAUAUUCGAUUUUCUCGAUAUUGAUAAUAUUCCAAGUAUUUUUCAUCAAAAAUAUAUUAAUGGUAAGUCUCAGCACGAUUAUAUUCUCGAUAAAAUUUGUUUAAAAAUUUUACCUCGAAUAAAUACGAAAAUAAGAAAACUCACUAUUGAUCCAUAUUCUCUGAAACGUAUGGUGAAUGCCAUUGAUUUUCCUCAAUUAUAUUCACUAUCAUUGCUCGGUUAUCAAAUAGAUACUAUUUCAAGCGAUCUAAUUAAUGGUCCAAUAUCUGAUCUUCUGAUGAAUAAAAUUACUCAUUUAACUAUAGAUCUUAAUAUUAAGAAAGAAAUCACUCGUGAAAAUAGCCCGAUGAUAUUUGAAGCAAUAUUAUUUUUUGGUAAAUAUUUAACUGAUUUAAAAUUUUAUCAAGUAUCUUCUGAAAGUAAUUUAACAUUUUUCUCUUGGAAUAAUCAAAAUAAAGAAUGUUUAUCUUCAACUCUUAAUAAUUUAUCAAUAUACGUUAGUAACUUCGAUGAUUGUCUUUAUCUUCUUGAUGGACGUUUUCAAUCAUUAUCAAAGUUAGUUAUUCGUAUUGAAAUGAUAACUCGUUCAUUAUCAAAUAUAAAUAAAAAGGAAAAAUUAAUUAAAUUAAAAUCUUUUUCAUUAAUAUGCGAACAAUGUACAUGUUCUUAUGAAUCAUCAAUUGUUCCGUUAUUGCGUCGUAUGUCAAAUCUUGAAGAAUUAUCAUUACAAAUUUCUGUAAGAAGACUUCGAUCAACUUAUAUUGAUGGUUAUCAAUUAUUUAAUGAUUUUCUUAAAUAUUUGACAAAAUUAAAUAAAUUUAAUUUUAAUAUACAUAGUUAUAUAAUUAGUGGUAUAGAGAAUAAUAUUCUCAGUAAUAAUGAUAUUCGAAAUAGUUUUAUUAAUAUUGGAUAUAAAUCUAUUGAUAUAUGUGCAGAUGAAAAACUCACCGAUUAUAGAGCAAAUUGUCAUGUUUAUUCUCUUCCAUAUUUAUUUGAUGAAUUUUUAUUUAUGAGUAAUUGUUUUCAAGGUGGAAAAUUUAAUAAUGUUAAAAUAUUAUUCAUGGUUGAUAGAAUUCCGUUUGAAAAUAAAUUAUUCAAAAUUAUUUCUCAAGAUUUUACUAAUCUUAAAACAUUAAUUAUACAUAAUUUAGAAUCACAAGAAAGUCAAGAAUGUUCAUCAGCAUUAAUUACAUUUAAUAAUUUAAUUACACUCAAUAUUAUAGAUGCACAUUCAGACUAUGCUAUACAAUUUCUCAAUGAAAACAUAACUUAUUUACCAUCUUUAGAAAAACUUAUUACUACAUAUGAUACAUUAACACACAUAACAGGUUAUUUUACGAAUGACGAAACACGACGAAAUUGUACGAAAAUAAAAUAUUUAAGAACAGAUAUAUCAUUUGUUCGGCCAAAAAACUUUAAUUCAUAUUUUCCUUCAAUGUAA